AUGCGUUCUGAGGGCAAUGUCUAUAAUCCGGUGCCGGAGAGGAUUCCGAAGGUGCGCGACGCCGAUGAGUUCCAGCGUAUGAGAGCAAAAGCUACAGAGCUUGCUUGCGAUAUCAGACUGCACAGGUCAUUUCGAUUACCUCCAAACCCCAGCAUCGGAAGAAACCGCACUAUCAGGGUGAGCUACUCGGAUGUUGGUUACUUGGGUUCUUCGUCCACUACGGCUGAAAUUGAGGAUCCCGAGAGUUACCAUGUUCCUGUUGUUUUGUGGGCUGGCGGUAUGUUUGGGGGCCGAUAUCAAGCCUUUGCAAACGACGACCUCUGCAAGAAGUAUCGUGUGCGUUUUCUUGCAAUCGAUCGUAAUGGCAUCGGAGGAAGUGACUCGGUCAGCCUCGAUCAAAGAGUUGCCACUUGGCUGGACAUAGUUCCUGCAUUGUUGGAUCAUAUCGGAAUCCAGCAUGUUCAUCUUGCAGCACACAGUGCAGGGACAAUCUUCGUCCUCAACACGAUUUUGCACCAGAGACAUCUACUUCACCCUACCAAGCCUUUUGCUGCUUUCUUUGGACCUUGGGUGCACCCGUCGAAGUCGGGUAAAUGGCGACUCGCGGCUGUUGGUCUUCUCCCCGAACUUGCUAUUGGCACCUGGCAUCAUUGGGCCAAGAUGAUUAACCAGAGCAUAGCACCAGUGCUUACAGCAAGCGGUGUUUCGGUGACCAAGGCAGCUAGAACAUCAGUCAAUGGCAUCUCAGGGAGUAAGGUCACUGAAGACCCGACAGUAGGAGACGGGGCCGAGGCCGCCUGGCGCAAAGCCUCAGAGGCAGUCAUCACGAACUAUGUGUUUGCGGAAAGUGUUGAGGGCGCAAGCCAAGAAGCGUUGCUCUGCUUGAGGAAGGGUAGCACGGCGUGGGGUGAUUGGCAAGACAUUGACGAAGCAGUUUCCAGAAUAGCAGAAAAUGAGCGGAAAUCGCAAGGCCCUUCAAGAAUGGGGGCGAAAGAGAAGCUCAAGAUCCAGAUCUUCUUUGCUGAGGAUGAUGAAAUGAUAGGAAAAGGCGGUCAAGCAUGGCUUGAGUCGUGCUUCACGCAGGAUGGCGUGACAGAGUACAUCAGUCUAGAGAGCGAGGUGGUGGCCGGGACGGAUCACAACGACGUGCUUGCAUUGCAGAACGGAGCUAUAGAAAAGAUGGUCAGGGCAAUUGGACAGGUUCCAAGCAGGACAAGAGAUGCUGAGGACAGGAGCAGAGAAAGAUAA